CAAAAACAAGGCAUUGAACAGAAAGGUCCCAUUGAAGCCGUUUCUCUGUGAAUGCAAGUGUGUGGAAACCGGCACUGCAAGCUGGCAACGAUUUCCAGAGGGAGGCUGGGCAAAGACCCUUGAUCUAGGGCACUCCCCGUCUGGCACCGGGAGGGUAAAGAGAAUCCAAGCGCCAUCCAAGAGACCCAGUUAUGCAAGGGCAGCGUGAGCCCCGUCAGAGCUUCUGAGUGUGGGUUGUCCGGAUUGGCAGUGGCUGCUGAAGGAGGAGCAGGUGAUGGGUUGGCCGCAGAGGCAGCGGCACCCGCCGCCCUUCUCGUCCCUAAAUUUGCAGCCGCAGCUUCCAGUGGCUGGGCAGUCUCUGCUCUGCGUCCCGCAGCUCUGAGCCAGGAGCAGCAGCCGCAGGCGCCAGCAGCAUGGCUCUGGAGCGGUCGGAGCAGGGGCUCAGCGGGAAGCUCCUUAACGACCUACCCGAUACCUCUACGCUGCUGCAGCCUGGCAUCAGCGAGCUCCGUCGGCGGGCAGAAGCGGACCACGGCCAGAACUGGCCCAUGCCCCUCACGGACGCUUUCCUGCUGAGGUUUCUUCGCGCCAGGGAUUUUGACCUGGACCUGGCUUGGAAGUUAAUGAAAAACUAUCACAAAUGGAGAGAGGAAUGUCCAGAAAUAACUGCAGAUCUCCGUCCUAGAACUAUCCUUGGCCUUUUGAAUUCUGGUUACCACGGGGUUCUGAGAUCCAGGGACCCAACUGGAAGCAGGGUUCUUAUUUAUAGAAUUGUACAUUGGGACCCAAAGGUUUUCACAGCUUAUGAUGUAUUCCGUGUAAGUCUUAUCACAUCAGAGCUCAUUGUUAAGGAAGUAGAUACACAACGGAAUGGAAUCAAAGCUAUCUUUGAUCUGGAAGGAUGGCAGUUUUCUCAUGCCUUUCAAAUCAGUCCAUCUGUUUCCAAGAAGAUUGCUGCUGUGCUAACAGACUCUUUUCCCUUAAAAGUUCGUGGUAUCCAUCUGAUAAAUGAGCCUAUAAUCUUCCAUACCGUCUUUUCUCUGAUUAAACCUUUUCUGACUGAAAAAAUUAAGCAACGGAUUCAUAUGCAUGGAAGCAAUUAUAAACAAAGCUUGUCCAAGCAUUUUCCAGAUAUGCUACCCCUAGAGUAUGGUGGUGAAACAUGUUCCAUGGAGGACCUUUGCCAAGAGUGGAAAGAAUUUGUAAUGAACUCUGAAGAUUAUCUUCAUAGCAUUUCUCAGGAUGUGCAGUAACAUUUUAUCAUAAGAUAAACCAUAAGAUAGGCUUUAUUAAUUCAAAUGCUGGGGAAAUGUUUCUCCAUGGUAACUACAUGGAAUAAUAACCUCUACCAAAUGCCGUCUUCGAAAAUGUGAACUUCAGAACGUGAAAGUACUUUAGUGAGGACAAAUGUGGAUAUUGUCCAUUUUUUAAUUUUUUAAAUUGAAUUUUCCACUGAUUUUUAGAAAAUUAUGUAGGUGUUAGACCUCAAAAAGUAUUAAAGGAGAUUUGCAUCUUGAUCUUGAAUAAGUUAUGUUAGAGUCAGAUAUGUCAAGACUGACCUCCAUCGCAGGUAAAUUGCAUGUCUUUGGAAUAUAAUCUAAAGAAAUACUCCUGUAGUUACUGAAACAACAUGAUGUCAAUUCCCAAUUCAAUGGAAUCUAUACAGUGGUUCAUCAAAAGAAACAGUAACAUAAACUCACCAAUGACAAAUGCAGUUCAAACAGUUUGAUUAUGGAAACAACUGAGUUUGGAAUCUGACUUGUGAUAUAUGAAGUUACUUCCUCAGGCCAGAAAGACAGGGAAAGGAAAAGAUGAAUUCAUCUCAGGGAAAUGGCAUUUCAGCUGCUUUGCACAAUGAAACACUUUAGCUGAAGCAUGACAGAAUUUCAUGCCCUCGUGCAUUAUAUAUCAACCUGUGUGAAACUACUCACAUCGCUGUGGAAAAUGUUUCACGUAUAGCUAAUAGUUUUCCAAUCCUGAUGGAUGUGUGUGUGUGUGUGUGUGUGUGUGUGUGUGUGUUUCCCUAGCUACAUAAUAAUCAGGCUUUUAAUUUUGACUUCUGGGUGAGCUAAUUUUUUUUAGUUACCACAUAGGCACAAGAAUUUGGAAAUAGUCUCCAUUUAUCUUAUAUAACCUAGUUUUAACAGACGCACAAUAUUAAUUGAAUAAUAAGAAACUUAAAAUUAAAGAAGAGGAAAUGUUCAUGUUAUUUUACUAUAAUUGGGGAGCAGUCUGGCAUUGUGGGGGAAAAAAACCAUUGCAUUUGGAAUCAAAAGAUCUAAAUUCAAAUCUGAACUCUUACUAGCUGUGUGACUGGGCAUUUUCCUUAUUUGUAAAAUUAGCAGUUUAAUCCAUAAUUCUAAAGCCUUUUUAGCUUUAUUGUAAGUCCUAUGAUCUUAGAAAUGUCAUUUAACUAGAAUUUUCAGUGUUGUUUUUUUUUUUAAAUAGUAGCAGUUCUGUAAUUAGAUUAGGAAGCCUUAGGAAUGUUAAUCAGGCUUCUGAAAAAUAAUGCCAGGUAAUUAAAAUGUGCUAUUUCCACCAUUUCUAGCGUGCAAUAACACAUCAACAGAAGAGAACAACUCAGUCCUAUUUAAUGUAGAUUUAAAUUUAUAAUACAAGGGUCUGCAUUUGCUCUUUUGCCAUUUUUUAUUUGCAUCUUUAAUUUGUAAGAAGAAAAGGAUUUUGGAGCUGCCCUUUCAUAUAAAUAGAAUACUCAUGAUGUAAUGUGAUCCUUGUUGAAUGGAUAUAUGAAGAGUUUUUUUCACCAGUAUAAGAAAAAUAACCUAAUUAAGCAACACUGAUUUUAUUGAUGCCAUGUAAUUAGUUAUUUCUAUUAUCUAUAUACAUUGUUCUUAUCUCUUUCAAGUAUACGGAUCUCUUUUUAACAUUAAAAAAAUACCAUGA